AUGGAAAUAUUUGAAAAUAAGAUAUUUGUGGUCAUUCAAGUUUUUAUACUCGUUCUGCAUGUAAUUUUGAUGCUGUUUAAUACAUACUUCUUCAUAACGGAAUUCAGUGUGGAAUCUUUGACUCAGUAUGUCUCAACAUAUUUGGUCAUAGUCGCCGUAAAUAUUAACUUUGCCACUAUAUUGUGGAAAAGAUCUGCGGUACGAGAAUUCGUCAAGACAAAUCGGUCUUACUUGGUCGGUCUCCACAACAUUACACCAAAUUCCAAAGAUCGCAUUUUAAAAGAGUGCAAAUACGAAACAAAUUUUGUCAAACUUCAUUUAGUGCUCACUUUAAUAACCGGAGCCGUGCUUAUCCCCGUCGGUAAAGAAAGAGAAAUGCAAUUCGCUGUACUACUUUUUGAAAAAUACUAUCCCCUGUACGUCCUAGAGGCACUUUAUUACAUGAGUUUUCCAAUAGUUGCCUACGUCUCAGUGCGUUUAGCUUACACAAUCAUGUACUUUGUUUCUCACGCAAAAUUUCAAAUUUAUAUGUUGCUCGAGUUUAUCAGAGGUAUAGUCGAUGAUUACAGCGACAACGACGACAGCGAAUUACUUAACUCUGAAGCAUAUCAAAAUGUGGUUAAGGAAAGACUGCAAGAGAUGGUGACCCGAAUUACUAUGUUGAUAAAACUGACAAACAUGGGCAGCGAUUUAGCUGGACACUUCAUACCAACAAUGGCUUUGUCUGGGGUCUUGAUGGGACUUGGAGUUAUGAGUUUUGUUUAUCUUGGGGAAUUUUUCGGUUACUAUUGUUAUCUCCAGAAUUUUAUGUGGUGCAUUACCUCUCUUAGUACCUUGGUAGUGUACGUUUAUUAUGGUCAGCAAAUUGAAGAUGAGACUGAAUUGAUUUUCGAUGCUAUCUAUGGGGUCCGUUGGGUUUCGUUUAACAAAAGCAACAGAAAAAUUAUCUUGGUGACUUUGGUUAAUGUUCAGAAUCCGCUAAAGUUACAGUUUACUGACAACGUUGCUUGCAAUUACGAAUUGGGGAUGAAGAUUUACAGAAAUCUAUAUUCGUUUGCCGCCGUAAUGGGGCGAAUGAGCGAUUUUACUGAAAACAAAUAGGAAUGCACAUUGAUUAUUUCAGUAACAAUUAUUGUUUAAAUGAGUAUUCAAACAAUAUUUUUUAAUUUGCACCCACCAAUUUAAAAGUCUAAACAUUUCUACUAGUAUAGAGUUGUGUUAGAAACGCGCACAAGAAUAAUUAAGGGAGAUAUUUCACCCUACACUUCCACCUCAAAGGUGGAAAAUGAAUGAGCAGUAACACUAUGUCACUUGCCGCUCAUGAGAUGGAAGUGAAUGAUACUUUCCACUAUAGAACGUAAACAUUUAUAGUGCUUGUAGAUAAGUUAUGUGUCAACUGUGAACAAAAUAGGACUUAUAAAAUUUCGGGAAAAUUUCAUUCCUUUCUCGGCAUCCCUCGGUCAUCUUUUCUCUCGAAAAUAAUGAAGCACUUUCCACCUGGGUUUGCAAUAUACUACUCCCUCUGUUCCAGAAUAAUUGUCCGAUUUCUGUAUUUUGCUAAAUAUCACCUUUAUUUUUAAAGAUGAAAAGGUUUUGUUUACCAUAUAUAUAUAUAUGUAUUGCAUGUAUGUCAGCGAGCUAAGAAGGAAACGGGAAAGAGAGAGGGUGAAGUAAAAAGUCAACUAGACCGAAUAGAGAGAGACAAGAGAAGAAACAAAGUAGUGAUGAUGCGAUUGGAAAUAAAAACAGGAGAGCAGAAGCAAAUAAUUGAAAAGGUGACAAAAUUUUUAGAAGAGAAAGCCAAAGUAGGGUGUAAAAUUAAAAGUGUAUUCAAAAUUGCAGAGAAAGUUUACCUAAAUAUGUGGUGAAUUCGAAAAUAGAUAAAAAAAAAUAAACGUAACGAAAAGCAAGAGCAACUUAAAAGGGUCGUCAAUUUACAUAGAUAAAUUAUGAUCUGACGAAAACGGAAAGAAAAAUUCAAAUCAAAAUAAAAGAAGAGGCAACAAAAGAGAGAAAUAAGGGAAAAAUGGUUAGAAUGGGAUAUAAGAAGUUAACUGUAGAUGGCAGAAAUUUUAAAUGGAGUGAAGAAGAAGGCAGACUCAAGAAGGUAGAAAAUUUUUAGUAAUGAGCCAAAAGAAAAGGAAGAAAUGGAGAAAUAAUGGAAGAAGGAAAAGGAAAAGGAAUAAAGGAUGCAGAUAGAGAAAUCGGAAAAAGGGAAACUGGUUCAAAAUUAGGAGAAAAAGGGGUGAAGCUACUGUUUUGAAAUGUCCAAAGGUUGCGAAAAAAGGAAAAGAACGUCUGGGACUACGUGAGAAAAUUUGAUGUGGUGGGGCUAGUAGAGACAAAGUAGGGUACAAAGAGAAAACUGGGGGCGACAAAGCAAAAGAAAAAGGGGAGAGCAAGCGGGGGAAUAGUAAUGGGAAUUCGAAAGGAAAUGCAAGAACUGAAAAAGGGAAGUAAUAAUAAAAACGGACUAAUGAAGAAAAUAAUACAGCUGGAUAACAAUCGAUGGGAAAUAAUAAUCGUUUACAGCAAGAAAAUGGAGGAAACCAAGAUAAAAAUAGAAAAGGAAACAAAAGAAAAAGGAGAUGAAACAAUAUUUUUAGGAGGGGAUUUUAACGCAAGACUGGGCGAUAAGGGGACAAGAAUAGUAGAUAAAGAAAAGGGAGAGAAAAGAGGAUCAAAAGACAAAGCAAAUAACAAAGAAGCGAAAAUAUUGUGGAAGAUAAUAGAAGAGAUCAAAUGUGAAAUUUUGAAUGGAAACAAGGAAGGAGAUGAAGAAGGAGAAUAGACGUACAUGGGGGCUAGGGGAGAGAGAGAGAGAAAGGAGAAAAGAAUGAUGACGAGAUUUAGAUGUGGAAACGAAGAGAAAGAGAAUAAUUUUUGGAUGGAUGAAACUGACAGAAGGUGUAGGAUAUGUUGGAGCGAGGGAGAAACAAUGGAGCAUAAGAUGGAAGGAUGUGAAGGAUUAAGAGAAUCGGAGGAAAGUAGAGAAGAAGUGCUAAACGAGGAUGGAAGAGGACUGGACUGGAAGAAAUAAGUACGGAAGAUAAGGGAACUAAGGCACGGUGUAGACAAGCAGAAAUAAUAGAACAAUUAUUAGUAUAUAAAGCUCGAAUAUUUAUUUUAUUUAUAUUUAUUGAUUAAUAAUAAUAACGUCAACAUAAAAUUUAUGAAUUAAAAAAUUCCUCAAUAUUAUAA